CAAAAGCAGCCGAUUGCAGAGACAUGCUGAGUAGUCCCAUUAAUGGACCAAAACAAUUGAGAAAGGAUAUAGAAGAGCCUAUCCAUGAUAUGAUUUCCUACCCUAAGCUAUUUCCAGUGUAUAGAACAGAUGGAGAGGCUAAGAACAGUGCCUUUGGAUAUGACUGAGUCAUGCAGGUAGCCCAUUAAGACUUGGCUUGCAUCCAGUAUACACAUAUGAUGCUUUACUGAACCUUUGCCACAAAGAUGACUUUCUGGGUAAAUCUUUGUUCAGUCCUGGUGUUGAUUCUCCUGCACAACUCAUUUAUCUAGUAGUCUGCACAAUAAAAAGAUGUCACUGUGGUGAAAUGCCUAAAACAGUUACAUGUUUACAGCAUGAGAACUUCAGGAAACAACAGACUGAGAAAAUAAAGGACCAAGAAAUCAGUUCCAAGGUGUAUUUCCUGAAGCAGACAGUCAGUAACUCCUGUGGGACAAUUGGUCUGAUACAUGCAGUUGCUAAUAAUAAAGACAAACUGAAACUUGAUGAGGGGUCUGCCCUGAAGAAAUUUCUUGAUGAAACAGCUGAUCUGUCUCCCGAGGAGAGAGCUAAACACUUUGCAAAUAAUAAGGCUAUACAGGAAAUCCACAAUGCAGUUGCACAAGAAGGACAAUGUCGGGUUGAGGACAACAGUGUGAACUUCCACUUCAUCCUCUUUGUCAAUGUGGAUGGACAUCUUUAUGAAUUGGAUGGGCGUAUGCCAUUUCCUGUAAACCAUGGCACAAGCUCAGCUGACUUGCUAUUGAAGGAUUCUGCUAAGAUCUGCAGACAAUUUACAGAACGUGAAAAAGGAGAAGUUCGUUUUUCUGCUGUGGCUUUCUGCAAGUCUGCCUGAGACUGAAGAGAUGCAAGGAAAGCAAUCUAAUAGCACACCAGUAAUUGCAGUUUAAACUCCAGUGCUUCAGUACUUGUCAAACACAGCUGUUCGGGUAACUUAAAUUGUUUCCACCUCUUGCUAUACACAGGAGCAACAUCAGCUGAGCUUAUGCUAAAGGAUGAGCUCAAGUUUUAAUGUGAACAGUUUGGACACAUCAGAUGUCUUUAGACUCUUUUUUCACAUGUUAAGUAGAAAAUGCUUAACAGGGCUUGUUUAAUCUGUGUCAUGUUAAUUGAGCUGUUGGUUGAUAUUUCCUUGUCCUUAAUGAGAAUAAAAUGUUCUGCUGGAAGACUAAA